AUGGACUUACAAAGAAACAGAAUCAAGCAUAAUACACGUCUCCCAUCAGUAGCUAAAAGAAAGACAUCUCCAAAUCGUAAAUGCAUGACCAAAGAUUUGCAUUUACCUGUACUGAGUACAAGAAGAAGUGCUUCUCCUUAUGCCCGAACCAUAAUUCCUACUCCUGUUCCCAAGCCAAAAAUCAAAAAUCCAAGCCUAGGCCACCGAAGACUCUUAAACAUAAAAUUUAUUACAAAGCUUGCAAAAUUGAGUGGAGCUACAUCCUCAACGGCUGAUACUAUUGUUGAAGAUUUAGAAAAUCCUAUUAAAGAGCCUGAUACUCCCAAGCUUGCAGAUUUAAAUUCUUCCACAAAAGCGAACACCCCUAUAUAUAGAAUUGACCCAAGCUUACAAGUUUAUCUUGAUUCAGACUUGACUUCUGAAUUAAAUCGUGAUCCUAACUCCUCCGCCUCCGUGAGCGAACAAAAAAAAUUUGUUCACUCUCGGAGGGGGUUUAAUUUUUUUUAAAAAAAAUCUUAAUUUGCAAAAUUGGGAAGCAAAUAUUAAUUUAAUUUAUAAAAUUUAUGUUUUAAAAAGCAAUUUGUUUAAAAUUAACCAGAAUUAGCUCGAGAUUUCAUUAUACUAAUUAUCACUUAUAUAUCAAUUUUUUUUUUCAUAAAAAAUUUUUUCUAUUCAAAAAACUUUUGUUCACUCACGAAGGGGGGAGUAAGACACAAUUUAGAGAGCCAAUUGAGAUCAAAAGAGGAAGGAUAAUUAAAUUAGAAUACAAUGAUUUAGUCAUUGAAGAUACACAUUUGAUGCCUUUAGAUUCAGAAAGUCCAAAGUUUUCAAGGCGAGGAAAUUUCAGUUCCCCUUUUGAUUUGGAUGAAGUUCAAGAAAACUCUAGAUGGAUUUCACCUGUUCCACCUAGACCUGAAACAAGAAUAACAAUGUCAAAGCCUCCAAAUUAUUUGAGGCAUUUUCGAUCUAAUUCUAACGUAAUCAUGUAA